AUGGCACUACACCGGCUUCCUUUAAACCAGUCUCCAAGGGAGAAACACCAGAUCACCAUACAUGCGCGAGGAAAAUCCAUUCAAGGCAGUCCAUUUGACCUUCAGGUUUGUCUUGUGUUGGGUUUUGUUCUAUUAGCUUCCCAAUUUUUGCUGAGAUUUUUAUCGUAUAACGUUUUAGCACUAAUUACUUGACGUAUCGUCCAGGGCAACGUAAUUAAGGUCAAAUUAGUUCGCCCAAAGAGAAGAUGCAGGCUUUCUAGUCCCUGGUCGGCGUUUUCCAGUCACUCUCGGUCAAUUCACUUCGUAUAUCGAGGCAAAGCUUGAACCACGUGACCUGAAACACUUGGGUCGCGCGGAGUAAUGAGGCCUAGGAACUAAGCAAGAUGCAGACUAUGUUCACGACACUGGACGAAUUUUCGACCAGCUGAAAAUUUUGACCGGACACUUUGUUCACACUGGACUGUUCAAAAUUUUCCUCUGUUCACACGGAACUUUGAACGGCUAAGCGUAUAAACUUUUGUACGGUUAAGGUGGCUUUUGGGAACGGAACAACUAAACGCACAAUUUUCAACUGGUCGGUGCUAUGUGAACGUAGUUAUUCCAUACAAGUUCAUUCAGCUAAUCGCAGUAGCCUAUGAAGUGAUAUAUAAGCCACUCUCAUGUUUUUUUAAUCAAAAUGUUUUCUAAGCACUAAAUUUUUAGCGUCGUAAGCCAUGUGUUUGUUUUCCCUCCUGAAUAUGUUUACGCGAUUUUAUCGCGCCAAAAAGCUCAAAAAUUACAUGGUCUUAAGAUACAGGUUUUUCUCCUUUUUGUUUUCUUAUUGUGGCAAUACCUUUCUGUAUUCACAGGUUACUUCAGGUAUAGACUGUACCAAAAUUGGACCAGUGUUGCUAAGGUUUACUCCCAACAGCGAUGACGCAAUGACGAUUCACGAGCCUUGGGGAGUUGCCGAUCCUAACGGGCUGUAUGUCGUCUCAGACCAUCAUAAUCAUCACAUUCAGUGAGAAUUUGGUCUAAAAUGAAUCCGUCUCUUCACCUCCCCUUCCCUCACCAACUAGCACCCUGUGGGGUGGGGGGAAAAAAGACAAAUAACAUUCACACUAGUGAGAAUUCCCCACUUCAGAAACUCUAGGGAGAAUGGGUACAAGCUUUGGGUUGUGAUUUCUGGGAUCGUAUGGGUGGACAAGCCUCAGUUAUGAUUGGUCGAUGGUAUUCAAGGCAACCAUUAACCAAUCAAAAGUAACGCUUCUCUCCAAGAUCCCAGAAAUCUACUGGAAACCAACUUGUACCCUUAUAAUUUCGGGUUUUCAAUUAAAUAAGUUUAGUAUAAAACCAAAUCUCGCAUUCUGAUUGGUUAAAGAGGCGUAAGUAUUUGUGUAAAAUUUUAUACUUGAAAUGCCGGGUACUGAAGGUUGAAAACUGGUAAGCUUGACAUGUAUUAAAACUGUGAAAGGUUUGAACCCAGAAGUCAUUUCAUAAGUAGGUUGAAUAUCAUCGUCGGAUGAACGCAGUCCGGAAAAGGACUGUUGUUGUUGACACUAACUGACGUUUCGACAACCUGUGCGGUAGUCAUCUUCAGAGUGAAGAGAGUUGUAUCACGUCAGUUGAUGGUAUUAAACUCUGGUUAUCAGUUUUACCUGAUUGGCCAAUAAAGUCGCGAUGUUAUUGGUCUUCUGUCAGUUAAGCCAUGAUGUCGUGGCUAUGAAGACUCGUAAUGUCACUGGUGCGUUUCGAUCCGUCUAUCGUCAUAGUUAAACAGUCGUUUAUUGUUGGUCAAACUGUCAGUUGUCCAGCCGUUCUCUCGUAGUUAGUUUUGGUUGACAUGUAUUAGACGUAUUUUACUGCGAAAAAGCUAGAGAACAAAAAAUAAUUCUAACUUCUUUUUACCUAAGAUUUUGACACCAAUGGACGCCUUUUGCACCAGUUCGGCACGCGGGGAAAAGCAGAUGGGCAGAUCUGGUGCCCAGCUGGAGUGUGCAUGAGUGAAAGCGGACAUAUUUUUGUGGCAGAUCCGGCAACCAUAAAUUCAAGUAAGCGAAUGCGCUACUGGGUAGAAACCCUAAAAAUAGAAUCAAUAUACAAUUUGUCCAAUUUUGGUUCAGGAACAGAUGACACCUAGCUAAUUGUUUUAAUUUAUACCAAUCAUGACCCAUUUAAUGGUACUUAAUCUUCCUUGUCUUGAUCUGUAGAGUUAUUUGAUCCCACAGGUUUUUUACAAACGAUGGCCAGUUCGUUAAAGUUUGGCUCUAAAGGUACCGGUCUCGGCCAGCUUAAAGGUCCAUGUGGUCUCGCCUUGGAUUCAAAUGGUCGGGUUAUAGUCGCCGAACGCGACAAUCACCGAAUCCACAUCUUCGACUCCGAAGGCCAGCGGUUAUGCAUUUUUUGGCGUGUGCGGAGAUGGCGAAGCAAAUUCAAUUGCCCGACAUAUCGCCGUCGAUCAAAACGACGACAUUUUUGUGUCGGAUGCUGGAAAUUUUGA